CAUCGUGGCGCACGGUAGUCAACGUUGAAACAGAAUUUUUCAUAAACGGCUGAGACGUACUCUAAUCACACGAUUUUACUGUCACAAAGCGACUGUGAUAGGCAAGAGGGAAGAUGUACAGUGUCGAUAAGUUCUUUCAAGAGUCAUAUUAUAAUAUUAUUCGCGUUCUACUAGCUGUCAUCGGCUUGUGGCCUUUCCAUAGCGUAAUCAAGCGAUAUGCAAUUUAUUUCGGAUUCCUGUUGCUACUUGCAUCUGGAAUGACGUUCGAGGUGUUGGGGCUAAUUGAUGUUUGGACAGAUUCUUUCGAAGUAAUUGAUUGCUUGCCGUUAAUAGUUUUAAGUAUUCUCUGUGCAUCUAAAGUAAUCUGCUUGGUACACACAUUACCCAAAAUCAAAUAUCUUUUGAUUAAAAUGGAACGAUACUGGUACUCCCCAAAAUCGAACGGUGAGACUAAAAUUUUACAUUCUUACGCAAUAAACGGACGCAAAUUCGGCUACGCGUAUACAGUCGUACUACUCGGUCAUUCCUUCCUCUUUCUAUUCACGACUUUAUUGACCAAGUUCAUUUAUGUGGAAUUCAACGAGGAAUUCAAUGGAUCAACAAAUAUCGUAGGUACCCAAGCAGGGAUACCCUAUCGCGUUAAUUAUAUGGUCGACUUAGAUACUUAUUUUGUUCCAAUUUUUAUACACACGGCCAUGUGCGAAGUAUCGUACAUGAUAUUUUUAGUCGCGGUCGACGUUUUAUAUAUGACAUUUGUGCAACAUUGCUGUGGUUUACUCGAAGCUUUAAGGUAAGAACGUAAUGUGAAAAGAGUAGGGUUAAUGAGAGCGUUUUACUGUCCUCACAGGA